CUCAAAACGACAACUAGACCCCAACUCACUCCCCAUCUUCCCGCAUUCCCCUACACCUCACAUCCCCACACACCUCACCCCAGCACUAGCACAACUACGCAGCGGUGUCGUUCACACCGAAACCGCCCACCAGGGUCCAUCCAUCACUAUCCCUUCAUUCGAUUCAAUCACGUCAACGCAUCGUUUGCAAUCUGCACACCUGGAAUAGUCGGAACAGGGAUAGAUUGUAUUUCGCGGAGUGUUUUUCCUCCCGUACGAAAUUUUGAUUGGGGAGUGAAAGACGGCUGCUUAGCUGUCGGAUAGAAGAGCAAGGAUGUUUCGUAAUACGUUCCAGUCCGGCUUCCUCUCCAUCCUCUACAGCAUCGGCUCCAAGCCGCUCCAAAUAUGGGACAAGAAGGUGCGCAACGGGCACAUCAAACGCAUCACGGACAACGACAUCCAGUCCUCGGUGCUCGAGAUCAUCGGCACCAACGUCUCCACCAACUUCAUCACGUGCCCCGCGCAGCAGAACCGCACGCUGGGGAUCAAGCUACCGUUCCUGGUGAUGAUCAUCAAGAACCUGAAGAAGUAUUUCACGUUCGAGGUCCAGGUGUUGGACGAUAAGAAUGUGCGGAGGCGGUUUAGGGCUAGUAAUUAUCAGUCAACAACCCGCGUAAAACCGUUCAUCUGCACCAUGCCCAUGCGGCUCGACGACGGGUGGAAUCAGAUCCAGUUCAAUCUUUCGGACUUUACCCGCCGUGCGUACGGGACAAACUACAUCGAGACCCUGCGCGUGCAGAUCCACGCCAACUGCCGCAUCCGCCGCAUUUACUUCUCCGACAGGCUGUACUCGGAGGAGGAACUGCCGCCGGAGUUCAAGCUGUUUUUGCCGAUUCAGAAGGGUGGUUAGAUUAUGAGGCUCGUGUGGGGUGGGUGGGUGGUGGAGGGCUAUACAUUUUUGGGAAACUAUAAACGUCUGUGAAGCAUGUGAAUACAGUGUGUGGGGGAUUGGUGAAUGGGUACGAGAAGAGUGCGAGGGGGGGUUGAGUGGUUGGACAUGACAUGUGUUUCAUUCAAAAAACAGUAAACA